UUAAAUACAGACAGAAAUAAUAUUAAUUUAUAUUUGUAUAUCUCUUUGUUGUAUUUUAGAAGGCAUUUCACUCAUGUUAUUUUAUUUAAUCCUUACAGAGAUACUGUGAGGUAGAAAGGUUGGUAUCAUUAUCUUUAUAGUACAGAUAAGAAAUUUAUUCAAUAGAAAUACUUGAAAAGUGGCAGAAAUGGAAUUAGAGCCUUCUGACUCCUACUAUUAUUUUGCCUCUAUUGAAAUGCUAAAAUAAUAUUUUUUUCCUAAAGACAGAGCACAUGAACCAUUCGUUCAACAGCAGGAAUCCAUUAUGUUCCUCUUAUGACUAGGUAUCUCGCUAGGCACCGGGAAUGCAAAGUGAAUACGACAGUUGUGGCUCUCUAAGGAUGGAUGGUCUGGUAAAUGCUUUUUAUAGACAUGUCAUAGCCUAAUUUGGAAAUCACAGACUCAGGGAAUGAUUUGUCUCUUGUUCCUUGGCAAACGAUAUGAUGCAGUCUUAUAUUUUCUCCUAACAGUAUGACUAAUUGAGCAAAGAGAAGCUCAUGAAUCUGAAUCCACUUGUUUCUUCUGCAAGGUUGGACAGGCACCCUCUUCAAAAGAGCACCCUCCCAGGAACUGGGCACCCAGCUCCUCUUUGCUUCUGAUACUACCUUCUUGUACAACUUUGAAAAUAUCAGUUAACUUUCUCACUCUUUUUUUUUCAUUUAUAAAGUAACCAUCAUGAAACUUGGUUCACCCAUCUUACAGGCGAGAUGUGAGGAGAAAGAUAUAAUUUUAUAGGUCAAAUCAAAAUUGAAAAAUGUUAAGAGGACUGAGCAAAUAGAGGUAAUAAUGUCUAAUUCUGGUUACUCUAUCGAGAAAUUACUAGCAGAUAACCCAAGUUAUAAUAAAAACUGCCACACUGACAAUAUCCAGCAUAUUUUUUAAUUGGGUGCUGUUUCCACUGGGAAGGCAGGUGAAAGUAAACCGAGAUGAUGGGAAUGUCAGAAGUGAAAACAUAUGUAAUAGUCACUGAAGACAGCCCUUCCAAGUAAGCUUUGUCAGUACAGUCUUACUAAGUGUCACUUUUUCUUUGCCUUAGGCUGUUAAUACAAAUAUUUUUAUGCCAAACCAAGUGGGAGUACGCUAUUGUUAGAAACUGAUAAUAAUUUGAAAAUUUCAAGACUGUAAUGGACAUCAAAACACUCACUGUAUUUGUAUGCAGUUCCACACUAAAAGAAAACCUAUCUUUUGCAUGAGAAAAUUGAGGACAUAGCUCCACCUUCUAAUUGUUUCCAUCAUGAACUUUAUUAUAUCACAUUUUACUUAUGUUUAUAUCUCUGAAGUAGCAACACACGGGAAAGAUUAUGACCCUGUGGAGACGUCAUGUGGAGCACUCAGGAAAAAUUACAUGCCCUCAGCAUUCACAGAAAUAGGUCAUUUAAUUCUUGAUUAAAUGUAUAUAUCAUCGUCAGUGAUUAACCUGUAUUUGGUACUAUAAUUAGAUAAGUCUGAACUUUCUUUUUUGUCAAAGCUCUUGUAUAAGUACCUGCCGUGUAUAACAGACAAAUAGUAUCAAGGUAAAAGAUUAUCCAGGACUUUUAUUUCUCAAAUUUAAUUGUGCUUUGUCUCAUCUUUCAUGAUUUCACAUCUCUGUCUUGCAUACAUCUAGGAUUCUCUACCUAAAUGACCUAUUUUUAUCUUGAUUGCUUGUAUCAGCAAAAGAUGAAAAAUCUCAGAUCUAAAUAGAAGACAUACGGCGUUACCCUAGGAACUAUAUCUGAAUCCCCUGACGUUAGAAUUUUAAGGAUGAGUAUUUGAGGAAAUGGCACAAAGAACUUUAUGCUUUUCAAAGAUAUAGGAUGGCUGAAUAGACAAAGAAUAAAAAAACCUUACUCUUUCUCAAGUGCAAAUUGCAUGAACUGUUGGCAGAUAUUCCCUUCCUGAUGUAAAACCACAGCGCAGUAACUUGAGACAUAUUUGUUCAUUCCUGGAGACAGGAUGAUCUCUUUGGAGGGCAUUUGAAAACAUUAUUCUGAAGGUCUGAAAAGGACAUUGGAUGGAUCGUAUGAAAUAUUAACUAUACAUUCAAGUAUUAUACUAGAGCACUCUAGAGAAAUAGGAAUGCACUUGAUUGUGAAUUUCAAAAAAUGGAUGAAAGAAAGAAAUUCAUAUUUCUCUUUUAUCAUCAUUAAGAAUAUGUGACGUGUCAUUUUUGAUUAAUCAUUGAUUGAUUGGGAAGAGUAGUAUUUUGGUUAAUUUCAAUUGCAAAUUUAAGCUAUUAUAUUUUUCAAUGUUCCAAACACUAUACCAUAGUAAUAAGAUUACCAUUUUCUCCUUUCAUAUACACAUCAGUACUUUUAGCGUGGCAUGGCUUUUCUAUGCAUUUUUAUACAGAUAUUUUUAGUUUGCGUGGGAAGAUAACAUGAAAUUCAACACCCAAUUACUCUUUAAAUGCAACAAAUACACUGCCAGAGUGAUAAUUAUCAACCAUAGUGUCCCAAAUCAGAUAUUCACAUGGUUGCUUGUGGUUUGAUAAUGGUUUUAUGAUUUAGAUUUGAAAGACUUUGAAAGGUGAAGGAUAAUUGUACUGUCCUGAAACAUCACAAGUUGAAGAUUUGAACCAUUACUGCAGUCACAUAAAUCAACCAAUUUCCCUUUGUUUUCAUAGUGGAACAUAUUUCCCCUCGUUGAAAAUGAGUGCAUCAGCAUAAAAGCCUCUUGAGCAAGAAAAAUGCAUAUUGAUCACUAACAUUUUGAGUUAAUGAAGAUGACCAAACAGAAACUGAACAGUUGAAACCAGUGGAAUGUUGAAUACCUCUUAGGGCAAUUAAAGAUGAUGCUCAUUAGAUGUUCCUUGAAUACAAGAAUCCUUUCACUGGGAUUUGUGAAUGAGCUUCAGGAGUGCCACAAACCCUCUGAAAUUGUAGAAUUUGGGAAUAUGACCUUCUAUAUUCUAGAUUCAAGAAGAACACGUCUCCACCAGAAGUGGAUGAAGGACAACAAAAUUUAAAAAAGAAGUCUGUGGACCAACAGUGGCCAAGCUCACUUCCUUGGCUGAUCUUCAAAUCUAGUAGCCACCAUGAUGUGAGAAGGAUCACGCCACCUUCCUUCCUAUUCGUUCCUUGGUUAUGUACAUGACGGAAUAAAUAUCCUUCUAAAAAUAUUUUGGAGUCCCUGUCACCCUUCUGCCAGGUGUUGGGAAGAUAUGUAGUGGCGGAGCACCCUUCCUUGCGACGCCAUCCUCAGAAUCAGCUUCGGAGAUGCUCUCACCCCGUUCGUCUUCUGCAGCAGCCAGGCCGAGUGCUGACUCCUUCACAGCCGUGAGGAACUCUUCAGCCUCCAGAAGCUCUUAAAUCUGAUCUACAAUGGAAAAAUUUCUUUUUUAUCUGUUUUUCAUUGGCAUAGCAGUGAGAGCUCAGAUCUGUCCAAAGCGUUGUGUCUGUCAGAUUUUGUCUCCUAAUCUUGCAACCCUUUGUGCCAAGAAAGGGCUUUUAUUUGUUCCACCCAACAUUGACAGAAGAACUGUGGAAUUGCGGUUGGCAGACAAUUUUGUUACAAAUAUUAAAAGGAAAGAUUUUGCCAAUAUGACCAGCUUGGUGGACCUGACUCUAUCCAGGAAUACAAUAAGUUUCAUUACACCUCAUGCUUUUGCUGACUUACGAAAUUUGAGGGCACUGCAUUUGAAUAGCAACCGAUUAACUAAAAUUACAAAUGAUAUGUUCAGUGGGCUUUCCAAUCUGCAUCAUUUGAUAUUGAACAACAAUCAGCUGACUUUAAUUUCUUCUACAGCAUUUGAUGAUGUCUUUGCCCUUGAGGAACUGGAUCUGUCCUAUAAUAAUUUAGAAACAAUUCCUUGGGAUGCCGUUGAGAAGAUGGUUAGCUUGCACACCCUUAGUUUGGAUCACAACAUGAUUGAUAACAUUCCUAAGGGGACUUUCUCCCACUUGCACAAGAUGACUCGGCUAGAUGUAACAUCAAAUAAAUUGCAGAAGCUACCGCCUGACCCUCUCUUUCAGCGAGCUCAGGUACUAGCAACCUCAGGAAUCAUAAGCCCCUCUACUUUUGCAUUAAGUUUUGGUGGAAACCCUUUGCAUUGCAAUUGUGAAUUGUUGUGGUUGAGGCGUCUGUCCAGGGAAGAUGACCUUGAGACCUGUGCUUCGCCAGCACUUUUGACUGGCCGCUAUUUUUGGUCAAUUCCUGAGGAAGAGUUUUUGUGUGAGCCUCCUCUCAUCACUCGUCAUACACAUGAGAUGAGAGUCCUGGAGGGUCAAAGGGCAACACUGAGGUGCAAAGCCAGGGGAGACCCUGAACCUGCAAUUCACUGGAUUUCUCCUGAAGGGAAGCUUAUUUCGAAUGCAACAAGAUCUCUGGUGUAUGAUAAUGGAACACUUGACAUCCUUAUAACGACUGUCAAGGAUACAGGUGCUUUUACCUGCAUUGCUUCCAAUCCUGCUGGGGAAGCAACACAAACGGUGGAUCUUCAUAUAAUUAAGCUCCCUCACUUACUAAACAGUACAAACCACAUCCAUGAGCCUGAUCCUGGGUCUUCAGAUAUCUCCACUUCUACUAAGUCAGGUUCUAAUGCAAGCAGCAGUAAUGGUGAUACCAAAAUGAGUCAAGAUAAAAUUGUGGUGGCAGAGGCAACAUCGUCUACGGCACUACUUAAAUUUAAUUUUCAAAGAAAUAUCCCUGGAAUACGUAUGUUUCAAAUCCAGUACAAUGGCACUUAUGAUGACACCCUUGUUUACAGAAUGAUACCUCCUACGAGCAAAACUUUUCUUGUCAAUAACCUGGCUGCUGGAACUAUGUAUGACUUGUGUGUCUUGGCAAUAUACGAUGAUGGCAUCACUUCCCUCACUGCCACAAGAGUCGUGGGUUGCAUCCAGUUUACUACGGAACAGGAUUAUGUGCGAUGCCAUUUCAUGCAGUCUCAGUUUUUGGGAGGCACCAUGAUUAUUAUUAUUGGUGGAAUAAUUGUAGCAUCCGUACUGGUUUUCAUCAUCAUUCUAAUGAUCCGGUAUAAGGUUUGUAACAAUAAUGGGCAACACAAGGUCACCAAGGUCAGCAAUGUCUACUCUCAAACUAAUGGGGCUCAAAUGCAAGGCUGCAGUGUGACGCUGCCCCAGUCCGUGUCCAAACAAGCUGUGGGACAUGAAGAGAGUGCGCAGUGUUGUAAAGCCGCCAAUGACAGUGUUAUACAAUCUGCAGAAACGUGCGCGAGUCAGGACUCCUCUACCACUACCUCUGCUUUGCCUCCUACCUGGACUUCAAGCACUUCUGUGUCCCAAAAGCAGAAAAGAAAGACUGGCACAAAGCCAAGCACCGAACCACAGAGUGAAGCUGUCACAACUGUGGAGUCCCAAAACACGAACAGGAACAACUCGACUGCAUUGCAGUUAGCUAGUCGACCUCCUGAUUCUCUCACAGAGGGGCCCGCGUCCAAAAGAGCACAUUCAAAGCCAAAUGCUUUGCCUGACUAAUGUUGACCAGAUUGUCCAGGAAACACAGAGGCUGGAGUUAAUCUGAAGAGCAUCACUUCUCUCCCUCCUGAAAAAAGUUGCCACUGAUAUUUUUACUGGAUAAAAUUAAAAAAUGUUUCAAUUCACAAAGGCUAAUUGUUGAACUGGUAUCCUAGAAGAAACUGUCCACAGGAGCCGAAGCAGAAGUCUCUGAUGCUGGUGGAACAGGCUCCGACAGGCCAUGGUUCAUCCCCUUUUAAAACCAAAUUUUUUUUCUUCCGGCAUACAAGUAUUUUUUUUAAAGAAGGAAAGAAAAAAGCCUACAUUGGCAUUGAGUUCUGUAUCAAUCCAUGUUACCUUGCCACCCAUGAUUUAAGACUGUAGAAUCUUGAAUAAUCUAUAUCACUUUAACAAAUAAAUGUUUUACUAUGACAGAA